AUGUCAAAUAACGUAAAAAUAUUUGAUCACUUGGACACAAAUAUUCCCACGCUAUUUCCGAAUUCAAGAAGCUUUUUCAACCUCGAAAAGCUGGAUCCUCAAAUGGUGUCAAAGAUCAUUUUGCUCGGCGCGUCAAAAAUUUCCGCGUCUUGGUCCGCUGUUGAAUUGGCACAUUUUGUUGCGAUUGGCGGGCAGUUAAUAAUAGCAAUGCCAGAUGUCAAAUCAUCAUCGUCUUCUUUUUUUAAAGAGUUCUUGAGCCAGUUUGGCGUUUCAUUUACCAAAUUUCCAAUUGUCUCAGAAAGGUACGAGUCUAGGCAAUGGAAUCAAGAGCUCAUGGAUGGUGUAUUUGAAGGCAAUGUAACACCUGCUCUUACUUAUCCAAAUCAAACCCACGGAUUGCUUUUAGACGGUAACAGGAGUGUAAAUUACCUGUGGUCCUUGAUCACUCCAGAACCUACAUCUCUGAUUUUAAACGAGUUAAACGCCACUCCAAUUUCUUGUGGGGCUAUCACUUCAUUGAUUGCUCUUUUUCAAUCCAGGUACAACGGCAGGCUAUGUAUUUUGUUGCCUUUAUGUCGUAGUGGUGAAAGGGCUGCAAAUUUUGAAGCAAUUUCUGGUAUCACCAGAUGGACAUUUAAGGAACGUGGCAUGGUAAAGGCAUCGUCUCUGUUUGCAUACGCUGACACGGAAAUUCCUACUCCAGGAAGUCCACAAGAUAAAAGCUUCAGGCAUAUCCUGGCUACGAUUAGUAAAUAUUCAGAUGGCGAGAAAUCAUGGAAACCAUUCAUUCCUACCGACCUGCAGUUUGAGCUUGUCGUUAUGAAGCCAUAUAUCAGGAAGGUGCUCUCUCCGCUCCAUGAAAAUAUACAAACGUAUCCUCUUCGCAUUCAGGAGCUUGUUGCCUCUGUUUCUGAUACCGACGCUGUUUUGUAUGGGUCGUCUAUCAUUCCAGACAGAACGGGUAUCAGCACACUUAGACUAUUCUAUUUAAGAAAGGGCUAUUGCUCAAUUGACGAGUCUAUGACCAUCACCCUUCGUCAUUAUGCACAUGAUGAAUAUCCUACGAAAUUUGUUCUCGCGUAUCCCUAUUACGCCAGUGUGUUUUCAUGUCUAUUUGCCAUUGUUUUCGUAUCAUUGUUCCUGAUACUCUACAAGAAGCCCGAAGAAAAGGAUCGUAGAAAACUCUACGAGGAAAAAAAAUCCAAAAUCUCUUGA